CACGUGGUUUCCGUUUGUGCUUACUGCACCAUGGCGACGGGGACGCUAAAGUUACCCGAGCUGAUUCACGGAUACUUUUUCGUUUUCCUGUUAAAUUCAAACCCGAUUUAUUGCCAACAGUUUUCUAUUUCUUCUUCGCAACCGUCGGAUUGUGGGGUCCAAAAUUAUUUUGAUAUUUCAAGCUUGACUUGUGUGAAAUGUGGACCGAACCAAGUCAGCAGUACAUCAGGUUUGAGCUGUGAGUGUCAGACGGGUUUCAAGGUCCUGAGCAGCAACGGAGGAUUCAUUACCUGCCAAAAGUGCACAGACACCAAACCGGCUGUUACGCGGGAUGGAUAUGAAUGUAUCAGAUGUCCAGGCGGACUGGGGGAGGAUGGGAAAUGCAAGUGUCCUGAAGACAGUGUUCUUGUGGAAAGAAAUGCAGAUGGAACCCCUCUCGAAGAAGCCCUAUGUGAGUUGUGUAAUGGAACAGAUCCAGCUUUUUCUUCCCCAGACAUGAAAGGCAACAGAUGUGUGAGAUGUCAGGACUCCUUCAUCAACACAUCUCAGUCCUGCACAUGUGGCUCUAACAUUCUGGCUGGAGGAAUGUGUUUCCCUCCCAACACCCUGCCCCCUAUGGUUGUUUCCACAGUCAACUUUGCUCAGUUGGGCCUGUCUGUUACUUCUGCCUGGUUCUCUCACUUCCUGUAUUCGUCUGCAGCUGCAUGUCUGUUGUUCACUAAUCGGACAGCAUGCCAGGCUCUGGGGAACAUGUGUGUGAUGAACAUGCAGUCAAGCACUAUCAGCACCGAUGCCUGCGGCCUGUACUACACUAUCUACAGAGCAACAGCGGCUCAGGGCAACAACCAGGACAACCCAUACUGGAGGAUUAACCUGCCCUGGUUGUAUUAUGGAGAACAGCCAGGAUUGGCAUCAAGAGUUCUGCAGACUGAACCACUACCUGUAGGCUUCAGCUUUAAAGGCACAAACAAGAACACAAACAUACAGCUGCGGGCUGCAGUGUACACCGUUCGAGGAGAGUUUAUAAGAUGGGAGAAUGUAGGCAGAAGCAACCUGCAGCUUUGUCCAGAUACCUUAACUAGACAGCAGGCUGCUUUCACAUUUGGGACGGCCUACAAUCAAAAUUGUGUCCUCUCAGUGUCGGAUCUCCUGGCUGCUUAUUCGGAGCCUCUGUUUUAUGACAUCUUCCUGGUGCAGCAGAACACUGCGGGAGAUGAGCGCCUCCUCGCUGUGCCCAUUCUCAACCUCAUUCUGCAGUUCAAUGGCCAGUUUGUCAACCAAGCCUCUAACAUGAAUAGCUGGUACCUGACCCGAAGGCUGAUGAUGAUAGACACUUUAAGUGGCAGAGAAAAGAGUGUGAAUUCCACCCCCAGAGUUAUUCGUGUGGCCAGUAACUUGAAAAUGAGUUUCCAGCUUGUGCCAAACACCCAGAAAGGUCAGGUGUACCCUCCUCUGAUGACUGUGUCCUACUCUGAUAUUCUCAUCACUGACCAGGCCAAGCAAACUGUAGCUAUAUCAUUCUCUUUGGAGUAUGAGAUGGAUCAGAACGAAGCUCGAGUUAAAACUGAUAUUGCUCUGGGUGUGUUGGGUGGAGUGGCUGUUGUGUACACUCUAUUAAAGACGGCAAGCUGGAAAAGAAGGAUUGCAUCCCCUCUCAUUGACAUACAGACCAUUUUGAAGUUCCUGCUGUUCUAUGCUGGAGAUUUGGCAAAUGUUUUCUUCUUCAUCACCGUGGGAACUGGUCUGUACUGGCUCAUUUUAUAUAAGGCUCAGCAAUUUGUGUCUGUAUUGUUGCCAUUACCAGCUCAAGAGGACAGUUUUGUGAUAUAUGUUGGAUGUGCUUUUGCACUUAAGGCGGUGCAGUUCCUUCAUGAGUUGUGGUUGCAGAUGUCAGUGGAUAUAUUCUUUAUAGACUGGGAGAGACCUCGCGGUGGCAAGUCCAAUAAAUCUGUAGAAGGGUGUGGUGAAGGAAAGACCCCAGCACCUACAGUCAGCAUCUGGAGAACGUACUUUGUGGCUAAUGAAUGGAAUGAGAUCCAGACCAUCCGUAAGAUCAACCCCACCUUCCAGAUCAUCUCUGUGCUCUUCUUCCUGGAGGUGGUGAGUUUCUCCAGCCUUGCAUUGAGAGACCCUUCUUCGGAGCUUCAGCGCUCAGACGAGGGAUACAUACCCGCCUACAGCCGCAUACUGCGCUACGGUGUGGCAACUGCUGUGUGGCUUUGCAUUGGUUUUAUACAGAUCAUCUUUUUCUCAGUUUUCUAUGAGCGCUUUGUGGAAGACAAGAUUCGCCAGUUUGUGGAUCUCUGUUCCAUCAGUAAUGUAUCAGUCCUGCUGCUUUCUCUACGCUGUUUUGGCUACUACAUCCACGGCCGAUCUGUGCACGGCCAUGCCGACACUAAUAUGGACGAGAUGAACUCAAACCUCAAGAGAGAGGCCGAGAAUCUUUGUGGCCAGAGAGGACUAUUACCUAAUUCUGACAUUCAGACUUUUCAGAUCUCCAUAACAAGCCGUCUGAGGGCGCAGUAUGAUCGCAUAUUCGAGCCACUUAGUAGAAGAAAUGGGCCCUCGCGAUUGAUCGAUGCCUCGGCCAACCCGUUCGAGCAGAACACAAAAGCCUAUCACACCAUGAACCGAUUUCUCGCCUCUUUUAUUGACCACGCUCAUCGUGACAUGGAUUACAUUGUGAAAGAUAAGCUGUUUUUUGAAAGAGUCGUUGGAAUGGAGUUCAUUGAACCUCUGGACAAAAGCAUUUUUUAUAAUGAUGACUCUCACUCCUUCGCUGAGGUGCUUUUCUACGGGAACGAGGCGACGCUGUUGAUCUUUGACACACUCUUUUUCUCUGUUGUUGAUCUCUGCAGCCAGAGCUUUAUUCUGGCAGCUGUACUAACAUAUGUACAGCAAAUGAUCUUCAGGCUGAUUCGAAAUGUCUCCGGUCGCAGGAACCUGGCCAGAAAAACUCUGGUUGACAAAAGAUUCCUCAUCUAAUUUAUUUAUUUAAUCUUCUUCAUUUUGCCUUAAUGCCAGUUUUAUUGUAGUUCUUACUUUGCCAACUUUAAUUCUCAAAGCUAGUUGUCUUUUGAUGCCUUGUAUGUUGUUAAUGGAUUUGUUUAAAAGUUUGUUGUUUCUUGUGUAGAGUACAUAAAAUUCUGUAUUUUUCUACAUCAUUAAUGACUGUAUUGAUUGAGUGAUUGAUUGAUUGACUGCUGUAUAGUAAAUAGAAGUAAAAAACAUGAAGAUACCGAAUGAGCUUCUGUUAAUAUUCGUUUAAAAAAACAUCAGAAUAGGGGAAAAUGUGAUCUCAGUGACUUUGUGGGUUAUUGGUACCUGACAUGCUGGUUUGAGUAUUUUAGAACCACUAAUCUAAUGGGACUUUAAUGCAUAACAGUCUUUAGGGUUUAUAAACACAACAUGCUGUCAACCAAGGACAGGAAUCUGAGACUACAGGGGGUACAGACUCACCAAAACUGCACAGUUGAAGAUAGGAAAAAAAACACUGGUCUUUUUCCAGCCUCCCACUGUAUAGUUUCAGUGAGUCUGUAGACUCACAUUGCUGUCUGGCUGACAGGAGUGGAACCCGAUGUGGUCUCUGCUGUUGAAGUUCAUCUGCUUCAAGGUUCAACAUGUAGUGUGGUCUGAGAUGCUUUUCUGCUCACCACAGUUAUAAAGAGUGGUUAUUUGAGUUACCUUAGCCUUGCUGUCAGCUGGAACCAGUCUAGUUAUUCUCCUCUGCCCUCUCUCAUCAAGUCAUUUCCAGCCACAGAACUGCUGCUCAAUAGAUGUGUUUUGUUUUCUGCACAACUCUGUUUAAACUCUGUAGACCGUUGUGUGUGAAAAUCCCAGACCACAGUUUCUGAAAUACUAAAACCUGCCUGUCUGUCACCAAAAUCCAUGUCAUGGCCAAAGUCACUGAGAUCACAUUUUCCCCCCAUUCUCUUUAGGCUGCCUCAGAUACGAGAGCUCAUUCUCAUAACUUUCACAUUCCUUGCACCUGUGAUUAGAACCCAGACAGUCAAGGCCAAACACGGGCAUGAACCAUGAUAACAGAGGUAAGAAAAGUAGGAUGAACUGAAGUAAUAACGACUGAACCGGACAUUCCUUUCUGAUUUUUAAAAAUGAGUUAAUCAAACAGACUUAACAGAUCAAGGCUUACAUUUCCAUCUCUGCAUGUUUAUUGUGAAGUAUCUGGGGCUUUUUUCUUUGGCCUGCUAUAUAAUAAUUUGUUUAGGGAAGUGAAUAAAUAUAGAUUAGUUUAUCGAGAUUUACAUUAAAGUGUACAUAAAACUAGAUGAGAAAACUGGAAUAAAACUCAGAAAGAAAGAAAUC